GGAAAUAUUAGAAAAAAUUUUGCUAUAAAUCCAGAAGAUCCUACACCAUUUUUUACAAAUGAUAUACUUGAUAUAUUGUGUAAUUUACCAAGGGAAGAACGAUUUAAACCAAAUAAUAUAUUAACUUUAGGUAUUAUUCCUGGUCCAAACGAACCAAGUAAACAUCAAAUCAAUAAUUAUCUAGCUCCAAUUGUCGACGAGUUAGUUGAUUUUGCUUUCAGUAUAGAUUUAUUAACAACAUUCGAAUAUAAAAAAGGAUGCAAAUUUUAUGUCACAUUGAUUCUAUCAUUAAACGAUGUUCCAGCUGCAAGAAAGAUUUGUAGUUAUGCAAAUCAUACAGUAAAAUGUCAUCACUGUUUAAAAUGUGCAACAUAUGAUAAUUUAUCUAAAAAAAGUCACUAUGGUAGUUUUGAAAAUAUGGAUGAAUAG